AUGUUAACGAAGUGGCUGUACAAAGACGUCUUCGCCGGUGUCGUUUCUGGAUACCAGGAGACUCGCACAUACCAAGCGACCCGCACAACUGUCAACAAACCCGCGGUCAAGAUAUACAAGCGGCACACAGACGUCCAGACUCUUUGCGAGCACACUCGCACGGUUGUCGCAAAGGCCCAGCGUGAUUACCCCAAGAGAAGCGUCCUUGCUGGACAAGAUUUCAAGUACACUUUCCGCUGCGAUAUGGAGAUUAGGAAAGGUACGCAACCGGGCAAGACCAUUGACGACGAGAGAAGUAAAGUCGUCUUGAACAUUGAGUUCAAGCAACCAUAUGUCAUACCAAUGGAAGCUUGGAUUCGGUCCGCACAACAAGGUGAUGGCGAAUUCGGCGCUGGCAAGAAGAUCCUCGGUGGCAAGAAGACCGCCGCUGGCACGAGAACCAUCGCUAUACCUGGUGCCGAUGAACAGCCAGUCAUCAUCGCCCAUGACUACACUGCCGGCAACUAUCAAAUCAAUGACCUUUCGAACCCGGAUGAGGAUGACGAGCAUGGCGGUGGAGCCGAUGAUGACGACGAAAUGCUUGUCGACGCAGAGCCCGACGCUCACCAACACCGAGAGGCGGCAGUCACCCGACCGCUGCGCUCCGGCAAGAAGAUGGACUGCAACGUUGAGAUAUGUUCUCAACAAAUCGGCCAGUACUGCAAGAUCCACAGAACUCGCCAUGGGGCGAUUGUUACGGGUGAGUACAUCGCCUUCGCCUACUUCAAGAACAUGCGCAUCAUGGAGACUGCGGCUCGCCAAAUGGAAGAAGGUCUCGGAAACGUCUGCGAGCUUUAUCUCGUUCCGGACAGCGGAGAGUAG